CUGAGUGUCAGUCAACCAAACAUCCUCGUCCAGGAAGCACGGGGCACAAACACUAAAGUCAAACUGGUAAUCAGUCUGACAGAGCAGACAUGCAGUGGAGUCUGAUUCUGCUCAUUCUGAUGGCUCAGUCUUGUUCCAUCACAGGUCAGCUCUAUGAGUAUAAAUAUGUGAAUAAAGCAAUGAAAUGGGAGAAGGCCCAGCAGUACUGCAUCCAACAUCACACCGACCUGGCCACAGUGACUAACAUGACAGACAUGAAGAGGCUCAGGGAAGCAGCAAAGAACGUUGUUCCAAAUCCAGAAGCGUGGAUCGGCCUGUACCGACCCCAAACAACAAACAGGAGGUGGCACUGGUCUCUGCCUGGACUGGAGUUCAAUGAAACUAACUGGGGUUUUGGUGAAUCUAGCACAGUAAAUGAGUAUUGUGGGGCUAUAAGGAAAAACCUCACAUGGGUGGAUCAUGGGUGUGGCGCUGAUAAACACUUUAUAUGCUAUAAUGGUAAGAACACUGCUGUGUUAUUUUCUCUUUGUAGAUACAUAUCUGUGAACAAAAACAAGUUUCUCACUUUGCCUGAUUGUUUGUUUAUUUAAACUUGGACAAAAUAUGGAGCUGAAAUGGAUUCUAGAAAAAAAAUAUUUUCAAGUGUUUAGGCUGCAGAAUUUAUGUUCCUGCUUAAGAAAAGAAGUCUUUGAUGUAAGUUUGUUUGUUUGUUUGUUUUAUUUCUGUUGUUUGUUUACCAGACAGCAACACAUCUGAGAGAUUUUACUUCAUUAAAGACAGGAUGACCUGGUUUGAAGCUCAGAGGUUCUGCAGGGACAAACACACUGACCUGGUCAGUGGACUGCAGCAGCUACGAGAUGAAAAACUGAAAAAAGUUAUAGAGCAACACUUUAGUUCUUAUGAUUUUGUUUACAUUGGUUUGUUCAAUGAUGCCUGGGAGUGGUCCGAUGGCAGCAGUUUCUCUUUCAGACAGUGGGAUGAAAACAAUUAUGGAGGUGGUAAUAAAUAUGCCAUGUUAACUCAAUCAGGAAUGUCAAAAACUAACAAUGGUAAUGAUGGGAAACCCUUCUUCUGUUAUGAAGAUCAUGUGAUCCUGAUCAAAGAGAACAGGACCUGGGAGGAGGCCUUAUACUACUGCAGACAUCACCACCAUGACCUGGUCACCAUCACUAACAUGGAUGAACAGAGAUGGGUCCAGGAGAAAACCAAGAAUGCCUCCUCUCCCUUUGUGUGGACUGGACUGCGCUACACCUGCUCUCUGGGGUUCUGGUUCUGGGUCAGUGAUGAGGUGGUCCACUACAAGAACUGGAACUCACCUGGACAGGUGAAUGAGUGUGACAUGUCAGGAGCCAUGGAGACAGGAGGAGAACACAAGUGGUUCAAGAAACAUGAUGAGGAGAAGUUCAACUUUUUCUGUUCAAAGUAAAAAGUUAUUCACUGAUUCCUAUUUUACCUGCAUAGAGUUUUCUUAAGAGAAAAUAAAAUAGAUCAGCAAUUAUGUUUACACUGUAUUUUUUACCUGGUAAUGGUUGUAUUCAUCCUAAAACUGUCCUUUUCAUUCAAGGUUUAUUGAAUUUUGUUUUAAAGUAUUGACAGAUUAUUCCUUUAUGUUGGGAUUUAAUU